CGUUCUGUUCCAGGCCAAGGCUGGCGGCGGAAAAGUUGCGGGGCUGUGAGGAGCAGCCCCGGGACUGGCAGGGAGUGUGACGGCGAGCCGGGUGCCCGCGCCUGCGGACCGGCCAUGGACGACCUCGUGUGACUCUGCAGCCAUCACCUGCUUCCUCCCUGUCCAAGAAGAGGCAGAUUUCCUACUACAAGAAUUGACGCCCUGUUGGCAGACUUGGAAUCUACCACCUCCCACAUCUCCAAACGUCCCGUGUUCUUAUCCGAGGAGCCUCCUUACUCCUACCCAACUGGAAACCACACCUACCAGGAGAUUGCAGUGCCACCCCCCGUCCCACCACCUCCAUCCAGCGAGGCCCUCAAUGGCACAAUCUUUGACUCCUUAGACCAGUGGCAGCCCAGUGGCUCCCGAUACACCCACCAGCAGCCUCCAUCCCCAUUGCCCACAUACGGCUCCAGUGCCAAAACUUCUGGUACCUCCAACACCCAGGACGGCAUUGGCUCUCUGUGCCCCCAAGCAGGCGAGGAGGAGCACGUCUACAGCUUUCCCAAUAAGCAGAAAUCAGCUGAGCCUUCACCUACCGUAAUGAGCUCCUCUCUGGGCAGCAACCUCUCUGAACUCGACCGUCUGUUACUAGAACUGAAUGCCGUGCAGCAUAAUCCUUCGGGCUUCCCUGCAGAUGAGACCAACUCAAGCCCUCCACUACCUGGUGCCUUGAGCCCCCAUUAUGGCAUCCCAGAGAAUAACAGCCCUCUGAGGGGCAAAGCUGGGCCCCUGACGAAAGAGAAGCCAAAGCGAAAUGGGAGCCGGGGCCUGGAGGAUGUGAGGCCCAGUGUGGAGAGCCUCUUGGAUGAACUGGAGAGUUCUGUGCCCAGCCCUGUCCCCGCCAUCACUGUGAACCAGGGUGAGAUGAGCAGUCCACAGCGAGUCACCUCCAGCCAGCAGCAGACGCGUAUCUCGGCCUCUUCUGCCACCAGGGAGCUGGACGAGCUCAUGGCUUCACUGUCAGAUUUUAAGAUGCACGGCCUGGAACAAAGAGCGGACGGAGAACGGCAGUGGGCAGCUGGCUGGUCUCCGAGCAGCAGGCAGAGCAGCCCUGAAGGGCAGGACGAGGGAGGGUUCAUGACCCAGGGGAAGACUGGGAACAGCUCACCUCCUGGGGGACUCUCAAAGCCUGGGAGCCAACUUGACAGCAUGCUGGGGAGCCUGCAAUCCGACCUGAACAAGCUGGGGGUUGCCACAGUUGCCAAAGGGGUCUGUGGAGCCUGCAAGAAGCCCAUCGCUGGGCAGGUGGUGACUGCCAUGGGGAAGACAUGGCACCCUGAGCACUUUGUCUGCACGCACUGCCAGGAGGAGAUUGGAUCCCGGAACUUCUUUGAGCGGGAUGGGCAGCCCUACUGUGAAAAGGACUAUCACAACCUCUUCUCCCCACGCUGUUACUACUGCAAUGGGCCCAUCCUGGAUAAAGUGGUGACAGCCCUUGACCGGACGUGGCACCCAGAACACUUCUUCUGUGCUCAGUGUGGAGCCUUCUUUGGUCCAGAAGGGUUCCAUGAGAAGGAUGGCAAGGCCUACUGUCGGAAGGAUUAUUUUGACAUGUUUGCACCCAAGUGUGGAGGCUGUGCACGGGCCAUCCUGGAGAACUACAUCUCGGCCCUCAACACUCUCUGGCAUCCCGAGUGCUUUGUAUGCCGGGAGUGCUUCACGCCUUUUGUCAACGGCAGCUUCUUUGAGCACGACGGGCAGCCAUACUGUGAGGUACACUACCACGAGCGGCGUGGCUCACUGUGCUCUGGCUGCCAGAAACCCAUUACCGGCCGCUGCAUCACCGCCAUGGCCAAGAAGUUCCACCCUGAGCACUUCGUCUGUGCCUUCUGCCUCAAACAGCUCAACAAGGGCACCUUCAAGGAGCAGAAUGACAAGCCUUACUGCCAGAACUGCUUCCUCAAGCUCUUCUGCUAGGCUCGCCUCUGGUCAUCCACCCCCUUCCCCAGCCAGUGUCAUCCACUGCUACUGUGACCCAGAGACCUCACCCAGGGGUGACGGGGCAAAUCCAACAGAAACUGGAACCUCGUCCUCAGCAGGUGCAGGCACAGGAUGGGACAGGGUUAUGGGGUUCCUGCCUGCUUCUCACCCCUAUCAGAGCCCCAGGGCCCACCAAGUCCUGUGCUCAUCCCCACAAAUAGCCUGGCCAGGCCAGCACCCCACACUGGAGCCUCUUACCUUUGAGCAGUAGAGUCAAGGUGGGAGGACAGGCAAGGUCAUCUGGGGGUCCUUUCUGCCCUUAAUUAUCCUGAGAGUAUUGGGGGACACCCAGCCCCCUCUGACAAUGCCAGCAUAAACCCAUUCAUCCAAGGGUGGAUGGGCCCACAGGCCACCAAAGGUUCUUUGGUGUCCACCUUUCAGUCUCCCAGGGUCUGGGUGACUUCUCUAAUUUCCCAUUUGCCCCUUUUGUACCUGUUCUGAUUUUACUGAGAAAGACCUCUCCAGCAAUAAUGUUUUAUAGCCACUUUCUCUGAUGGCGUAAGGUAGGGAGUAUCACCCGUGCCUCAACACUGUACCGACUUUGAUAGAUUUCUACACUGAGGUUUGAAUUCAUAUUGCCCAUGUUUCUUUUACUUCUCUACAAGAUGAUUUUGAGAUUUUAAAGACGUUCCCUUUUGUAUUCUUGCCUUUUCCACUGCCGCUGGUCCUGUCGGUGACCUUGGCUUUGGUAUGGACUUUGCUUUGUACUGAGGGCUUGGGAUGGGGAAGCAAUUUGUAUUUUGUUUUUUUGUUAGCACAAGCAAGUGAACUGGGAGCAGCUCUGUGACCCCUUCUCUAACUUCACAGCUCACCAGGACUGUUUUAUAAACUGCUGUAAAACCCCGACCUUACUGCCCAGGCAAACAAGCUCUUAAUUAAAACUGGUUUAAGGGUGUUUGGCCCUUUUGGACCUGGAAUUCUGAACCUCAUCUGUCCUGUUCCCAAGGGAGGCAAAAGAGAAAGUACACUUUGGGGGCUGGCUUCCUGCCUGAGUAAGACAUCAGGAGCCUCUGCUCCCCUGUGAACUGUGGGGCAACAGAGAACCCACUUCUCUGAACGCUCUUAGCACCUCGCUGCUUCUCUGGGGCUCUUCUGCCUUCUCAGGAAAGCUGGUGUCCGAUUUUGACCAGGAAGACCAUAAAGGUCUUUGGUCUUGAUUUUGCUGUGCGCAUCACUUCCUCAAACUUCCUGGAGACUGGGUACCGGUUGCUCCCCUUUCACAAGUGGGAUUCAUGCUUGGGAGAUCUGGGAAGAAGUCCCCAAGUUUGGUGCAAGGGAGCCUGAUAGGAUUUGGGGCAAAAGGACAGUACCUUGUCAGAGGAACAAGAAGCCCCACAGCUGUCAAAACAGGAGCAGCCAGGUGUGGGCUUUUUGGUUAAAGGAAAGGCACUCCAGAAGGAUCCACAGGCAGGGGACCCAGACUGUCACACCAGUCUCCUAGCAGAGGCCGGGUGUGGUGGGGUCCCAGAAGAGGGUCUUCUGUUGGGACUGGACUGGCAGCAGACCAGGUCUUAGGAGGUAAACCUGGGUGCUCCAAAGGUCUGCCAUCUGCACUUCUACCCACAGGCCUUACUGCUCUGUUUACAGUGACCUGCCCCAGGCCCCUCCCCAAGAAGUGACUGGGGUAACUGGGGGGCCAUUCUCUGGGUCAGUAGUUAUGUGAUCAUUUGAUUUUUUUUUUCUAUAAACAUCUAACCUGGCUUUUUCCAUUUCAAUUUCUGUGAUUUAUGCCAAUAAAAUUUGCCACUAUUUUCA